GGCAGCGGCCGCGCCGCGCGCGGCAUGCGCCCCGCCGGGGGCGACGCGGGGGCGCCGCGGCGGCGGAGGCCGACCCUGGACGCCACGGCUGCGCAGGGGCGGCCGCGCCCCGAGCCAGGCACCGCAGGCACCGCAGGCCGCUCGGCGCUGCGGGAGCUGGCCCUGUGGCUGGGCUGCGCCGCGGCCGUGCUCUGCGUCCUGCACCUCUGGGGCCGCGCCGUGGGCUUCGGGCAGGUCGACCAGGCGCUGCACGAGUACUACGAGCAGCGGCCGGAGGAGCUGAGGCGAGGGCUGGUGGAGGCCGCCAAGGAUCCGGAGCUCGCCCGCGUGAUCGCCGACGUCCGGGCCAACGGGGCACACGCCCUGCACGGCACCUGGACGACGAGCGCGUCCUGCGGCGCUUCAGCGAGAAGAUGGGCGGCGUGCCCGCCGAGGUCUGGGCGGCGGCGGGCCUGCCGCUGCACGAGGCCGCGCGCGGCGGCCUCGCGAGCGCCGUGGCGGCCGCCCUGGACGCGCCCGGCGCGGCGGUGGACGAGCCGGACGCCGAGCGCGGCCUCACGGCCCUGGCCUACGCGGUGGCGUACGGCCACACCGCGGUGGCGUCGCUGCUGCUGGAGCGGGGGGCGGACCCUCGCGCCACGGACGCGCAGGGGAACGCGGCGCUGCACUUCGCCGCGGGCUACGGCCACAGCUCG